AUGCCUCCAGGUGUGCAGGCGCCCUGCGUGGUUGUUGCGUGUUCAUGCGAUACGCAACUUAGCUCGCAGCGCAGGUGUCAAGCGAAGAGUGAGGUUGGUGAGUAUCGAUCAGACGAGGCGACGAUGACCGUUACGGCAGGAUACGAAAAGUCGGCGAUCAGAACCUGCUCAUCGCCUUCUGUCAGCCGGGGUCGUAGCAGCAUAAUAACGGAUGACGAAGAUCGACAGAAAGACGACGAAGAUACCACUCAGCGACCGAGUCGUUACCCGUUCUGA